ACGCAGAACACCCUUUUAUUUUGCCGCAUCAAAACAAUAAUCUCUUAUUAUCUAUAUUUGCUUCAGCUAGUUCUAUAAAUAAAGCCAUGGGCCUUAAGUUAAUCAUUCCUUUACUGGGUUUAUUGUUCCUCAAUGUGAUUUUAUGUGAUAUUGUUAAAGUGAGAUUAGAGAGUUGCCCUGGCUGCUCCCUGAACAGACUGCAUGAUGUAAAGAAGUUCUUCUAUGAGGAUGUACCACUGUAUGAUAAUGUUGAAUGGAAAAAAAUUGGGGGUGCACCACCAGAAGCAAUUUUCCUGGAUGAAAAUGAAGUGGAAGUUGAACGUCAUCUGCUUGGCAGACUAACCCGGAGUGAAUGCAAUCAGUUGCUAGAAAGUAAAGGUUUUAAAAAGAAAGAUAGUAAAGAGCUGUAAAUAUUUUGUAACAUACAUGUAAGUAAUGGUACAUUUUGUAAGAUGCAAUUUGUAUAAUAAAAUAAUAAUAAAAAAACAUUAAAUAGG